GUGAAGCAGGUUGAAUAUCUUUGGUAAGUAGAAUGGAAUCAAAUUGAGAGAGAGAGAGAGAUGAGGAUACAAACGAUGAUGAACAAUUUACAGGACAAGCUGAGGGGAAUGGGGGCAGAAAACAUGAUGAACAACUUGCAGGUGAAGUUGAAAGAGGUUGGAGCAGAUAGUAUGAUGAACAAUGUUCAAGACAAGCAGAAUCAACUGUUUUUAAUGCUUGAGAACUUUGGUCUGUACUUCAUAGCUUGGUUGGACAAGGUGUUUCCACCAGAGACCAGAGGAGAGAGACUCCACUACUGGCUCCAAGUUGCUGCACCCUUUAUCAUCGCUGGGUUGAUUCUGCUGGUGUGCCUCCGGUGUUGCAUCCGUUGUUGCCGCUGCUGCGGCCGCGGAGGGAAGGUGGCCGUCAAGAUGAUGAAAGCUCCGGGGAGGAACUUUAGGAUGCCAAGGGAAGUCUUUGAAAGCAACCCCAGAUCAUAUUUUCUCCAACUCCGUGAAAAGACCUAUUGAUCUCUAAGCUUUUCUGGACUUUCUCCAUUAGGAUUAUGCCUCAUUAACUUAUGACUAUGUUGUACAAGAUUUUGGGGUGUUUUUGGCUGUAAACGAUUUGAUGCUUAUGAACAGCUGUUUUGUGUUU